AUGUUUUAUACUAAAAAUAGUAUAAUUCCAUGGUUUUUCAAGAAAACGUAUAUAGUGAAUAAAUUAAAAAAAAAUGAAUAUCAAUUUUUUGUGUGUAAAUAUAUUGGAAAUGCUUUUUAUAUAAGAAAAAAUGAUACUAACACUUUUACUAAUUGCCAAAUAAGAUUAUGUUAUUGUAAAUAUAGUGAAAAAGAAAUAAGAGAAAACAAUUCAUAUGAUAAUUAUUUAGUAAGAAAAACGCAAAUAAAUAAAAAUAUAAAAAAUAUAAGAAAUAAAAAUAAAAUAAAAAUUGAUUUAAGAAAUAAUAGUUCUAAUAAUAAUUAUGCUAUUAAUAAUUCAAUAAAUAAUAAGAAAAAAAACUUUAUUAAUAAUUUUACAAAUAAUAAAGAAAAUAAUAAUAUUAGUAGUACUAAAAAUUGUAUUAAUAUAAAUGAAGAAAGCACAAUGGAUUUAUGCACAAAUAAUAGUGCUAGAUUAAAAAUUUUAUCAAAAAGAAUAUUGAAGAGUAAAGAUCAAAAUAUUUCAAAAAAUAAAGAUUCUAGUACUGGCGAGAAUAAAGUAAUAAUUGAAUGUAAGGGAAAAAAAAAAAAAUACUUAUUUGAAGAAUUUUCUAUUUUUUCAUUUAACAUUUUAGCAAAUAGUUUAGUUGAUUAUAAAUAUGAUAGCAACUGCCCCAACGUUAUGAAUUGGAUGAAUAGAAAAAAAUGGAUUUUUCAAAGCAUUGUUAAAAAAUUAUCAGAUAUAAUAUGUUUGCAAGAGGUUGAAAAGUCUUAUUUCGUGGAACUACAAGGUAAAUUAAAGAAUUUAAAUUACAAAGGAUUAUUUUUAAAAAAAAAAAAAGAAACCUGCAAGGAUGGAAUUUGUAUUUUUUAUAAUACAAAAGUUUUUGAAUUAUUGUUUUUUGAUGAAAUUAUUUAUGAUAAAUCCCCUCUUUUAAAGAAAUGGCAUGUAGGCUUAAUAGUAGCCUUAAAAAAUUUAAAAUCAAAAAAGAUAGAAUAUUAUGAUGAGACAGACAAUAAAAGCAAUAUCAAAGAUAGUAAAAAUAAUUUAAAUGAUAAUAUAUCUGAUAUAAAUGAUAUUGUUAUUGUUUCUAAUACUCAUUUAAUUUUUGAUUCUUACAAAGGAGAUAUUAAAUUAUAUCAGUUAUGCUAUAUGACUUAUCGUUUAAUUCUUAUGAUGAAUAAAUGUAUUAACUAUUUAAAAAAAAAAGACGAAACAGAUGAAAAUACUAAAAUUCUUGAACCAUCUAUUAUAUUUUGUGGUGAUUUCAAUAUAACACCUAAUAGUUUAUUAUACUAUUUUAUAAUUAAUAGAUAUAUAAAUUUAAAAAAUAUAAAUUUAAAAUUUUUAUCAGGUCAAUAUUUAAUGUUUAAAAAACAAUAUUAUUUCAAUAAUUAUUUCAAAGGAAUUCAAAUUAGAACAAUGUUUGAUGAAAGCAUAAUAGAAGAUUUAAAAUAUGAAGAAUGUAACAAUUCAUUGGAAAAUAUAAAAAAGGAAUCAUUAUUUUUUUUUUUUAAAAGUAAAAAUAUAUUAAAUAAAGAAUAUUUAAUUAACAUAUUUUCAAAAAAGAAUAACUAUUUAAAUGAUUAUAAUUUUUUUGAUCAUUACGAUACAACAAAAAAUAAAGAUAAAAAUAUAUAUGAUAACAAAGCAAAGAACUUGUAUUUCAACAUAGAAGAAAAUGAACAUGAGUACAAUGAUAAUAAAAAAAUUUUACAUAGAAAUGAAGAUAAUUACAACAAUUAUGAACAUAAUGAUGAGGAAUACUUCCUUGUAGAAAGAAAAGAAAAAUUUAGUCAUGAAAAAGAAAAAGACUUAAAUAAUGAUAAAAAGAAAGAAAUAGAAGUAAUAAUAAAUGAAAAAGAGGAUGACUUUAUUUUAUACUACCCUUUAUAUUUUAAAAGCAUAUAUAAUAGAUUUAUUGAAAAUAGGAUAGAAAAAUAUUGCUAUAAGUACGAUAGCAUUGAUAAAUUAAGUAAUAAAGAAAACAACGUAAUGUUAAACGAUGCUCCAUUUACUGUUUUCCAUGGGAAACAAAAAGGAUGUGUUGAUUAUAUAUUUUAUUCAUAUAAAAAUCUUAGGAAAAUAUCGUGCACUAAAUUGCCACCUUUUGAUAAACUUGCUAAAUAUGGGUGUUUGCCGAAUAAGAAAUAUCGUUGUUCUGAUCAUUUGUAUUUACAUGCUACGUUAAUCAGAAGAAAUAUUGAAUAA